GCUACAGUAUAUGGAAAUUCAUAUCAUUAACCCUUGCUUCCAACGGCUCGCGUGCGCGUUGUCUGUUCACCAACGCCGUGUAGUGACUCAAAAGAGACUAAAGCUCCCAUAAAGCUACCGUUAGCCGGUCUGUAUCUUGUGACCACAGAUCUUGAUGUCUAUCAAAAGUCCUCGCCCCCGGGACAGCUCAUUCCUGGGCGAGUCCUGGGUUGUAGCUUCUCCUCAUGAGGAGAAUGAGCAACAAGAUGAACGUCAGCCAUCUGAGCCUUCAAGCCCGACGCCUCAGCCAGCUAGGAGGAACCGCAACUAUGGAUCUGAGUCCAUGUCUACCUCCACUUCAUCAGCCUCGGGACCAGAGCUGAUCAUGCCGUCAAUAUACGAAGCGCCUCUAUCAGAAGGAUCUUGGGUUGCGCCCACUGCUCGAUCCAAGCGCUCUCUCAGACGAAGGCCUCCAAAAUCGCCUAAGGAGUCGGCGCAAGCAGAAAAACAGCAGUCUCCUCCACCCAAACAAGAUGUCACGGCGGCAACGCCAACACAAACAUCUCGCCAACCAAAAGCAACCCAGCCUCGCGCAUGGAAAUUCUUGGAGUCAUUCCUACGCUUAAUACUCAAUUGUGCUCUUAUCGCCGCCAUUGCUCACAUGCUCGUCCUUCCCGAGAUAGUCCAGCAAUACCAGACGCUUUGUUCCUCGGACAAAAUAGCAACUCUAUACCCAGCUAGUUGCAUCCCACCAUAUCCCCAGCCACAACUCCCCCGCCACCAAGCCGCCCCCCGGGACCCCGUCACUAACUCACAAUCGCGGCUCGAGACCCUGCUCAAUUCGACCCUCAACGAAACAGACCCUCUCGCCAACACACUAAAACAAAGCGAAUCCAAGCUGCGCGACAUCCACACCGACCUCAAGCACGCCUACCCAGGCAGCAAACACGAACUAGACCUCGAAUUCACAGGAUGUCUUCAAGCCACCCGCAUCGCAGCGGGGAAAUUCGACUCGCUCCGAGCCGACAUCCGCUCAGCGGUAGAUAGUCUGAUCGCCAGCGGCGACAACAUCCAGACCCUGAGUCAGGACGCGCGUCACGCCACCCAAAUGGCCCGACGAGAACAAUACCUCGACCAGCUCACCACGCGCAUGCAGUCCAAAGUCGAAUCCCUCUCCAACGACCUCGCCACGCUUGACGACCACCUCGAAUCAAUCGGGAGCAUUGUAGCCCGCGAAUCGAAACAAUCCAAGCCAAGCUCUUCUACUCCUGCGCCCGGGCCUAAUAAUCCAGGGCCCGAGCCAGGACCAAAAUCAGACCAGCCACCUCGUCUGCGCGCCUUCGUUGACUCUCUCUUGGGCGUCAACUUACCUGCCAUCCUCCAUCCAAUCACCAUGGAGUCGGAAAGCGCCAUCUCCAGCCCCGAUCCCUCACUAGCUGACAUGAUCCGAGAAGCGUCCACCAAUCAUCGCCCGGUCAUCAAGGUCGUCCGAAACCUGUCGAAUCAGCUCCAGAUACUGCAACAAAGAAAAAAUUCUGCUAUCUGAGCGCAAACUAUUGAAAAGCUAAAUAAUGUGAAUAUGAGACAUGCAUAUGAAGGA